AUGAGAAGCACAAUCUAUAUUAGGGCUAGAACAUUAAAUAAAUUAGUAAACCGUUUCGAUGUUACAAAUAAAAUAAAUAUUUUGGGAAAUUACAAUUGCUACAAUGAACCAUUUUAUCAAACUUAUUCGUGUUUAACACCUAGAUCUGUGAUAUUUUACAGACCAGCAAUAUAUCAAUCAUGUAGAUUUCAAAGCACAGAUAUUAAGGAAGCAGCUAAAGAUGACUCUAAAAGGUCUGAAAAAGAGAUACCUGAAAAAAUUGUUGUCAAGGAAACCCUUUCAAGAAAAGAAAAGUUAAAAAAGGCUGUAAAAGAAUAUGGUUCAACUGUUAUUGUAUUUCACAUUGGAAUAUCAUUAAUAUCAUUGGGCACUUCAUAUUUGCUAGUUUCAUCUGGAUUAGAUGUAGCUGCACUUUUUAAAGCUGUUGGACUGGAAGAAUGGAUUAAAAACAGUAAUGUCGCAACUAAUGCCGGGACUUUUGCAGUUGCUUACGCUCUUCAUAAAGUUUUCGCUCCAGUACGAAUUACAAUAACUCUAGCAUCAGUACCGUUGAUUGUCAGAUAUCUUAGGAAAGUAGGGUUUUUAAAGAAAUAA